AUAAUGACACUUCCUAGGCAAAAAAUAAUUAUGUAGUACAAUUAAGUUAGUUUUACAGUUCUAAUUAGUACUUUUAUAUUAUAAUAAACAUUUGCCUUAGUGUUUUCCGUUUAGGUUGCAUCCUUGCACAGUUUGCCAGCCUGCCAUUUUAAAAAUUCGCCAGACCUUAUUUAUAAACAAAAACAUGAACAAAAACACCCCCAGCAAAGCGAAGAAAAGGAAAACUACCAGUGAAGAUGAGCCCAGCACCUCCAAAAAAGUCAAAAAACUGGAAGAAGACUCGUCGGAAGUGGAGCCUGAAUGGAGAGAUUAUGAGUUGUUGGCUGAGCAGAAGCAGUUGGACUUCAUUAUUUCAGAAAACAUUAUAAAGUUGUUCUCUAAAGGCAACACCAUUCCAUUUAUUGCACGGUACAGAAGGUCAGACACUGGUAACAUGGACCCGGAGGAUUUGAGGGAUGUCAAAGAGUGUUAUGAGGAGAUUUGUGACUUGAAAAGUAAAAUCAACACUGUGGUUCAAACUGUCAACAAAAUGGGGCAAUUAAAUCCUAAAUUGAGGAAGUCUAUUGUCUCAGUUCGAUCAGCUGAGGAACUUGAACUAAUUUAUGCACCAUUUAAACCUGAAGGUAGGAAGACAUUGGCAGAGAGAGCAAAAAAGUUAGGCCUGGAGGAAGUAGCUAUGAAAUUAUUAAACAAUACAGGCCCAGUCAAUUUAAAUAGUUUUGUUGAUAAAAACGUUAAAGAAUUAAGUAAACUACAAGACGUUGAACAAGGUGUAAUACAUAUUAUAGCAUCCGUUAUAUCUUCUGACACAGACCUAUUGUCAUAUUUAAGGAAUUUACGAACUGAAGUGAAUUUCUUGAUGGAAACCAAAAAAUCCCAUGCGAAAGUCGACGUAAAGUCCACAAAACCGGCCAAACCAGUAAAGGAAUUCAAAUUCGAAUUGUAUUUCAACUUCAAAUCGCCCACAAAGUUUCUAAAACCCCAUCAAAUCUUGGCUAUAAACCGGGGUGAAAGUCUGAAGGUUUUAAGCGUGAAGAUCGUGGUGCCGGACUUCCUCCACAACAAGUUCUCCAACUUCUGCAUCGGCAAGUGGAUGAAUGUCGGCCCGUUCGAUGGGAACAGAAAGCGACUCAUUAUGGAGGCCAUUCAAGAUUGCUACACAAGAUUAAUCCAGCCGUUGAUAAUCAGGGAGGUGCGUGCGGAGCUGAAGCAGAAAGCCUGCAAGGCUUCCUGUGAGGUCUUCGCCAAGAAUCUCAAGCAUCUAUUACUGGCGCCGCCGUUAAAGGGCAAACCUAUCCUGGGCAUUGAUCCAGGGUUCAGUAAUGGUUGUAAGGUGGCCAUGGUAACUAAGACUGGCGUACUGUUGGACCACGUUGUCAUCUACCCCCACACCAAGAAGGUCAAGUGGGAAACAGUUAUUAAAGACCUGCUGCUGAAGCACAAUUGUGAACUGAUUGCCCUGGGGAACGGCACAGCUUGUCGGGAGACCGAAACUUGGCUGUCCCGACACAUACAGAACGGUGUCUUUAGGCCUCUGGAUGUUAAAUACACGAUCGUAGACGAGAACGGCGUCUCCAUUUAUUCCUGCAGUCCGGAAGCCAAAAAAGAGUUCCCUGACGUCGACCCCAACAUAAUUAGUGCCAUUUCACUCGCACGUAGACUACAGGAACCGCUGGCCGAGUUGGUGAAGGUUGAGCCGCAACAUUUGGGCGUCGGGAUGUACCAGCACGACCUGAAGAAGAAGCAGCUGGACGAGGCGCUCGAUGAAGUUGUGUCCGAGUGUGUCAGCUUCGUCGGCGUCGACUUGAACACCGCCUCAGAGUGUUUACUACGUCGAAUCGCCGGACUCACCGAGAAGCGUGCCAGCCAAAUAAUCAAAUACAGGGAAGAAAAUGGACAAUUUAAAACCCGCAAGCAACUGACCAAGGUGAAGGGAAUCGGCGUCAAAAUCUUCGAACAAUGCGCCGGAUUUUUAAGGGUGGGACCAACAAACAAAGACGAAGCUGUAGAUUUUUAUAAAGACACAGACACCACAAAACUAGACUGCACCUACAUCCACCCGGAAUCGUACGGUACCACCAAAAAACUGCUACAGAAACUAAAAUUAAAAUUAAAAGACGUUGGCGACGAAGACUUUAUUGAUAAAAUUAAAAGACAGGCGGACGUAAUGGACAAAAGUAAAAUGUGCUCGGAGCUGGGCUGUGGGGAGGCGACGCUGAAUUUAAUUUUGGACGCGUUGUCGAAACCCCUCAACUACGAUCUACGAACGGAGGUCUCCAAGGAGCCGCUGUUCAAGAAGGGUCUGACCAGCAUCAACGACAUAGGGCCGGGCACCGAAAUGACGGGUAGGGCCACGAACGUCACACAUUUCGGCGUGUUCGUGGACAUCGGCGUCGGCACCAGUGGGCUGAUACACUGCAGCAAGACGCACGGACUCGACCUACAAAUCGGCGACAGGGUUGAAGUUAAAGUUGUCUCUGUCGACGUCGAGAAGGGUCGAAUCCAAUUGGAGGCUGUUAAGAAGCUUUAAAUUUCAAUUCUAUUUUUUCUUGUUACUCGUUUCUUGUGUUUUUGAAAUUUUGUUACAUAUUUAUUACAAUAAAAUGAUGAUUUGAGUUGCAAAA